AUGGAUCUUAAUAACUCUACGCCCGCUGGAACCCGGGUUAAUAUCAUUGUACUUGCCUUCACACUCGUUUCUGGCCUGGUUGUGUUUCUACGUCUUUUUACGCGGCUGGUAAUAUCGAAGGGAGCUGGGCUUGAAGAUGCGUGCAUCGUGCUCGCUAUGAUUCUUUCCAUUGCCCUUGCUGUGCUGACGGCAGAACAAGUAAUGAAUGGUUUGGGCAAACACAGGGCGCGACUUGAAACCAAUGAGCAAGUUACGCUACGUACUGCCUUCUGGGCGAGCGUGUGGGUUUAUAACCUUACCCUCACUGUCACAAAGAUCUCCAUCCUCGUACAAUAUCUCCGCAUUUUUCCUGUGCGAGGCUUCCGGAUAGCCUGCUACGCUAUGUUGAGUAUUGUAGUAGCAUACGGGGGCUGGGCAACAUUCUCAAGUGUGUUCAUUUGCAGUCCCAUCGCCUUUUCAUGGGACAAGUCCAUCGAGGAUGGGCGUUGUAUAAAUCAGCUCAUCAUAUGGGUUGUGAACGCCGGUGUCAAUAUUACACAAGACGUGGUGAUCUUUCUCAUGCCGUUGUCCAUCGUCCGAACUCUCCAGAUACCCAAAUCGCAGAGAGAAGGUUUAGUGGCUAUGUUUGUGCUAGGUGCUAGCGUCACUAUGGUCUCCAUCAUCCGGCUAUAUACUCUGGACAAUAUAGCCAACUCGAAAGAUAUCUCGUUCGACAACACGGAUCAUGCGACAUUAUCUGCAGUGGAGGUCAAUGUCGGUAUCAUCUGUGCUUGUUUACCAGCUAUGCGACCUCUUUUCGCCCUACUCGCGCCGCAUUACUUCUCAGCAGCACCACAGUAUACUAACAUUCGAGCCUUGGAUAUCGAGCGCCAAAAGCAGAGAACUGGUCCUCAAGGGAACACCCGACCUACUACUGCAUCUACGAGGACGAGACCGAACACGGCACGAACGACCAUUGCUCGUCCAAAUACCACUAUAACUAGGACAAGACCCAACACAGCGUAUACAACUAUCACCGGGCCGGCUACCUCCACCAACAUAACACGACCCAGCACAGCACAGACAUCGACGAGACCAAGUACUUCUCACACCCUCAAGCUCGAGACAACCAUGCCCAGGGCGGACUCGGUACAAGGCGACAUUCCUCUUCAACCCCUCGUGCCAACGCUCUCUCGCACCCCAAGCGGCCGUUUCUCUGUUGCCAACAGCAGUCGUCCACCAACACUACGUCUACCUAGCUAUAACAAUCACUCUCGCAAUGCAAGCGGUAGUUCACAAAGCACACAAAACUCGACACUAGGACGAUCCACUACACGAUUCCAAGGAAGGCCUGAUCCGCUACGCAUGUCACCAAUCACACCCUUCAGCCCACCAUGGCCCGCCCCACUGCGAACGGUAUCGCCUUUGGCCUUGGGUUCCCAUGCUCGACAACCUAGCAGACAGAGAACGCCUUCACCGUUACCGCCACGAACACCUGGGGCUGAUAAGCAGCUACCUAUUACGCCUUUCCCAGUCGGUUCUGCAGACUGA